AUGUCCACGCUGGAAUUCCUCCCUCUGCGUCGCCGCGAGACGCUCGAGGGCAAGCAGAAUGCCGCGCGCGAGGUUCUCUCCGACGGCGUCAGGAUGGGUCCCUCGCAGCAGGCCGAAGGCAUUUUCUCAUAUGGCCUCUCGCCAGCCUGUGCGCACUACCUCGACAUUGCGCUCUCAGAGAAGGCCGAGGAGCUUAAUGCCUGGGCGAGCAAGCUCGGCAAGCGCAUCACCAGCACCACCAUCCUCGACAAGCACCCAGAGACGUUUCGCCUCGAGGAGAAGCACCCGAUGCCGACACCGGCCGACUGCGUGGCCGUGGUCCUGCCGCUGUCGGGGGCUGCCGUUGAGGUUGAGGGCAGCAGGGCGGAAGGGGAGGCAGGAGGAGAGGGGGUAUGCGCGACAUGGGAGCCCGAGACGGCCAUGAUUGUGGCUGCCGAACAGGCGUUUUCGGUGGUGGCGGGCAGGACGCACUUUGUCUAUGUGCUGGUCAGGAUGGAAGCUACCCAGUCAGAGCGAGAGGGGUAG